CAUUAAAUUUGGAGUAACUGAAAACAGCUCUAUGAAAGUGAAGUUAUGUGGCUUGUGCUCAUAUAGUGUUGAGCUGUCCAGCAGUGAGCAUCUGUAUAUGAUGAAGAGUUUUCAGCUUUCUUAUUUCCAGCUCCUGUAUCUUCUAACAGCAGCAUUAUUAGAAUGUAAAGCUGAAACAGAGAGACCCUGCAAGCAGGUUUAUCAGUUAAACGUAUGCCAUUUACUUGGUGACAGCAUGUCUAUUUCCUGCCAAACAACAACCCACCCGCUGGAUUCUCUGACAGUCAAACUACGGAGUAUCAACCAAGAUAAAGUCAUCCUGACGUAUCCAGACAUCUCUACAGCAUCAGAGCACCAGAGAUGGUCUGUGAGGAAUGAUGCUGGAAAUGUUACACUUGAUCUGAAAGACAUCACAUCAUUCGAUAGUGGUCUUUAUGACUGUCAGGUUUACAAGGAUCAGGACUGCCUUCAUACAACUCGAUUUAACCUGAGUAUUAUAAAGUGUAAAAUUUUGAACUCUGUCCAUCCAACCCCAGGCUCUUCAGUGUUGCUGCCAUGCUCUGAACAUCCUCUACAAAACAGAACUGAACCAGUCACUUGGAAAGUUGGUAAUGGUCACCAAUUAACAGAUAUAAAACAGUAUCGCACUCCAAACAAGCCCUCAAGCAGCACAGAGAAACCCCCGGACCCCCUGUACAUGAGAGCGAAACAACUAAACAACGGAUCUUUGCAAAUAAUGAAUGCAGUACAAACUGAUGAACUGUGGUAUCAGUGCAGAGUGAAUGAAAAAACCUGCUAUGAGACGAAGCUGGUGAUGAAAGAUGAUAAAACAUUUUAUUCAACAAUUUUGGGAAAACUUUCCACUACAUUGUUAUCCACAGUGAUCACAGAUGCUCCAACCACAGCUGCUGACAAUACGGCUGGGCAAACUGAAGCCAAGAACAAUGAGAGUGAAACUUAUCUGACAGUAGUAGUGAUGACCACAGUAGUGUCUCUGUGUGUCCUCAUAUCACUGACCAUCUGUGUCAUUCUUUAUUUCCCAAAACAAAGUCACAAAACCAACAGUCAAAUUGAUUUGAACUGCUGGACUACCGUAAAUUAUUCCAACAUUUCAGGAGGGUUUGAUGGUCCAUUCUGUUUUUUAGAUGAGCAUAACACCUGAAUCAUGACUCUGGUGUGAACAAACAGAAGCUCCUGCAUGUAAAGCAGAGGACAGAUAUUUAAUGUGCUUUUGUUGUUGUUGUUUUCUUUAAAUAAGGAAUGACUCUCAAUCUGGGGAAAAUUCUUUAAUAUGAAAUUUCAUGCUGCUUCUAUGGCAAAAGUUCACUUUUUAAUUGAAUGACGAUUUACAGAACAGUUGAUUGCUGUCAAAAGACAAAACAUAACUGUCAGGGUUAUGUGUGUUUUUGCUCUCUGUGAUCCAGUUUCUGUUUCCGUUGAUUGUGUUAAUUUGAUUCCAGGUGUGUCUCUUUCUUGCUCAUUUACCCGGUGUUUAAAAGCCCUAGUCCUUUCAAUCAGUGUUGGUUGGUUCUGAAUGUCUUUCCAUGUGUUCCUCUGUCUCCUACGGUCCCCUUGGAUUGGACUAUUGAAUUAUUAAAAUACAUAUUGAAGAACUCAUCGUUCCUUGCUCUCCGAGUGUAUUGUGACAGUAUCAAGCUUGUGAUGCAUUUUUAUACAGGACACACUGUAAGAGACACAUAAUGACAACUCUUCUGUGGAAUGAC